GAGAGAGACGGGAGUAGAAAGAGAUGGAGGGAGGGUUGUCACGUUAGCAGCAGUGAGGGAUGUCACAAGGAAUUCUCCAGCUAUGUCAUCAGGCUCGUCACUCUACCACCUUAAGACACGCCAGAUUCUCCUACAAGAAGGAUCAUCCUAUCGUCUACCACUACCACCAGAGCAUCGCCGCCUCUCUCCCUACCUACCGCCUCAUCUUAGCCAGCCAGCCAGCCAGCCAACCAGCCAGUCAGCCAGCCGCUCUCAGCCAUUCACUAGCCAGUUUCUACCUGCCGAGGAGCUCAGAGCUCAGUUGCUGUGUGUUGAGGCAGCUGUGAGGCGGUGGUGUGGUCGUGGCUGGGGUCAGUUCGCUCCCCACACGUGCUCCUCUCUACGCAGUUGCCAUUAAUGUUUAUUUAUGCUCAAGGUUGAAAGUUGUUUGUGUUAAAAUAACUAAAAGGCAGGAUGUAUGUGUAGAAAAUUAAGCAUCGCCCUGAUGAAGGUAAUUUACAAGAAGUGAUACGCACAUCCGCCAUUACAAGGUGGCAGUGUUUUGUGUACCCAGAGAAAAGGGUUAUAUUCACAGGUGAAAGUCGACCCUUUGUGUGGGUGUUGCUCUAAGUGUACUCGAGUGUAGCGAGAAAAUGCGCAGUGUCUUGUAUUGACUGCAUCUUUGCCUGAUUAAUAUAUAGUCAUUAAUGUAAAGCAGUUCAUGUGAGAGUGUUGAGUUAUGGCCCGCGAGCUUCUGGACCAGCAAGCUCAUAAUGUGUCGCUGUGGCCCAGUGUGGCCCCGUGAUGCGGCCCGUGGCCCGCCUUGUAGCAACCAGGAAUCCCUGGUGUGGUGGAGCCUCAUUGCGGAGCCCCAGGGCAGCCCCAGUGGGGCUUCGAGUGUGGUAAAGCCUAGUUAUCGUGCCUCAUUGGCGAUCCCAGUGCUGGGGAUCCUUCUUUUGGCGCCACAGUUGUGGUGGCGGAGAGGGCGGGUGGCGAGCCUAUGUGUAGUGUGGUGGUGAGGAAGAUUGUGGUACGUGGCUGGCGUUGGCGGCUGUGGGGGUGGUGGCUGUGGUAGUGAGGAGGGCUAAGCCGCAGCCGCCGCCGCAGCCAGCCAGCCAGCCAGCCAGCCAGCCAGCCAGCCAGCCAGCCAGUCAGCCAGCCAGCCUGCCAGCCAGUCAGCCAGCUAGUCAUGUUAUCUGUGAUGGUGUCGGUGUGGUGGGCGUGGCUGAUGGCUGCUCACCAGCCCCACGCCCAAGAUGGGCUGCCCUCCCGCAAGACGUGCACCUUUCAGGAAGGCACGCCCACACCCUCGCCUCAGCGCCCACGGAGGUCCUCGUCCAGGAUUUGCAGGAAGUGUCGCAAGUUCCGUGACGGCCCGCGGCGACACAGCUUCGACGUUGAAAAUGGCACUUCUCCAGGCCGAAGCCCACUGGACGGCACCUCGCCCUCGGCGGGCCUGGUGCUCCAGAACUUCCCACAGCGACGGGAGAGCUUCCUCUACAGGAGCGACUCCGACUUUGAGAUGUCCCCCAAGAGCAUGUCCCGGAACUCCUCCAUCGCUUCCGAGGGGUCUCGGGUUAUGUUGGCCACACUAAGCGAGUCUCGCGGGGCCAAUGACGACAAGCCGAUGUUGGGCCUCCACGCUGGGGCUGCAUAUCCUAGAACUGGUCUCACACAUGGCGAGGACCUCAUCGUCACACCGUUCGCCCAGAUCCUCGCCUCCCUCAGAUCUGUCAGGAACAACUACAUCAACCUCACCAAUGUCUCCACCACCAAGUCCAGGCGGUCCAGCGCCGCGGCAGGCUGCUCCACACCUCAACCCAAGAGCUUCACCUACGGAGGUGAGUCCUCACCUACCUACCUACCUACCUACCUACCUACCUACCUACCUACCUACCUACCUACCUACCUACCUACCUACCUACCUACCUCCUGCCUUCCUCUAUACCCCCUAGUGCACCACCUAGGGCCAGGUCCUCACCACCUUCUUCCCCGUACUUACCAUGUACAUUUAGGGCAGUUACGAUCCUCAACACUUCUCUCCCUCAUGUGGACCUCUAACUCCUCCUCCUCCCCCCCUCUAACUCUAAGAUGUAUUAGAGGGGUGUAUGAAUGCCUCUAAUACACCUGUAUAUCAGUGACCCAAGUACCUGUCUCCCUCUUCUCCAUUUCCCCCUUUCUGUCUGAUACUGUAAAAUACAUGUAAAGGUUUAAAUUGGUAAAGCAAGAGUGUAUGGAAUAGUGCUGGACACAUUUUAGCACAAUAGAAGUUAUCUUUAAAACUGGUUAAUUCGGGUGUGCGAGCAAUAAUAAUAUCAAUUAUUAUAUUAUUCUCACAAUUGGCAC